AUGGAUGAUCUGGAAUGGGCAUGGCCGGCUUGGAAGUUCGAUUUGAAGAUGCACGAUGGGUUCGAGCAACUACAUGCCAAGUAUAACACCUUUCCAUCAGCGAUUCAAAAUCGGCAGUCGUUUCACUGCGAUCUUCUUGAAAUCGCGACAAUAGCAACAACAAAGGAAGAGCUCUACAAAGAGUUGGCUAUUCGAAAGCAAAUGCGCAUUUUCGAGCUUACACAAGAGCUUGAAUCACUCAGUUACGAGAUUGUGGCCAAUCCUGGCUUAAUCGCUGCUACACAGUGGCAUCACGCUAUACAGGUCUUUCGCACAAAAUCAUUCGAUUCUUUGGUCGGUUAUUUUGCAUCCUAUAUUGGUAGCGACGACUCGAAUCCUUCCGACAACUCAAGUUCUUUUUGA